CCGGGAGGGAGCAAGUGCACUUCUACUUAUAACCGCAAGGCGCGGCUGUCUCGAGCAGUGGCACCGGCAUCUCUGGAGACUGCUCCUUCGGACUCGUGCUUUCUUCUUUCGUCCCCCUUCCCAAAGGAGUACCCUUCCCUUCACCCCACACCUUGGAGUAGCGUGAACUUCUUCCCUGAGGACGGUAGAAAGACUUAACUGAUCUGAACAUGGAAAACCAGGAACCAAUGGAUUCUUCUCAAAAUACCAAACAGUUUGUUAUUUCAGAGGAGUUAACUGCAGAAGGAAAAUGGGUCAAGCUUGAAAAAACAACUUACAUGGAUCCUACUGGUAAAAAAAGAACUUGGGAAACUGUGAAACGUACAACCAGGAAAGGACAGUCAGCUGAUGGUGUGACAAUUAUCCCAGUGCUGCAAAGAACUCUGCAUUAUGAGUGUAUCGUUCUGGUCAAACAGUUCCGGCCACCCAUUGGAGGCUACUGCCUGGAGUUCCCCGCAGGUCUCAUAGAUGAUAAUGAAAGCCCAGAGGCAGCUGCUCUGCGGGAGCUGGAGGAAGAAACCGGCUAUAAAGGUGACGUUGCUGAACGUUCCCCAGCUGUAAGUAUGGAUCCAGGUUUGUCAAACUGUACCACACACGUCAUGACAGUAACUAUUAAUGGAGAUGAGGCUGCAAAUGUACGACCUAAGCCAAAGCCCGGAGAUGGAGAGUUUGUGGAGGUAAUUUCCUUACCAAAGAAUGACCUGCUGAAGAGACUUGAAGCUCUGGUAGCUGAAGAACAUCUGAUAGUGGAUGCCAGGGUCUAUUCCUACGCUCUGGCGCUGAAACAUGCAAACACAAAGCCGUUCGAAGUGCCCUUCCUGAAAUUUUAAGGCCAGAGCACAGUGGCCAUGUUUUUGUAAAUGAGGCCCCCAGGCCUCCUUCACUAAGACUUUGUAUUCAGUUUAGUUUAAUGUAGAUUUGAAAUUAGCUUUUUCAUAAAAUAAAGGCAACAAAAAAUGCA